GAAAAUAAAAUAAAAGAAAGGGUAGACAGAAAAGAAAGGAGAGAGGGAAAAGGAGAGCUGUAAUCACAUGGACUUGUCUUUCUCUUGCUGGCUCUUCCAUUUCCUUCAUACUUUCUCUUUCACCAUUCUCUUCUUCUUCCUAUUCUUCUUCACCCUUUCUUAGCUUUUUCUUCUUUCUUCUUCUCCUCCUUCUUUCCUCAUGGCUGAGGAUAAGGAGAUGUCUACCUCGGUUAUCAAUGGGAAUGAUUCUCUCACGGGUCACAUAAUAUCUACAACAAUUGGAGGCAAAAAUGGAGAGCCCAAACAGACUAUAAGUUACAUGGCAGAGCGUGUUGUAGGAACUGGAUCAUUUGGAAUUGUUUUCCAGGCAAAAUGCUUGGAAACUGGGGAAGCAGUGGCCAUUAAGAAGGUUUUACAAGACCGAAGAUAUAAGAACCGUGAGCUACAGUUGAUGCGUGUGAUGGAUCAUCCAAAUGUGGUCACUCUGAAGCAUUGUUUCUUUUCAACUACAAGUACAGAUGAACUUUUUCUGAAUUUGGUGAUGGAAUAUGUUCCAGAGUCCAUGUAUCGGGUCUUAAAGCACUAUAACAAUGCUAGUCAGAGAAUACCAAUCACCUAUGUAAAACUUUAUAUGUACCAGAUAUUCAGGGGGUUGGCUUAUAUCCACACUGUUCCUGGAGUUUGCCACCGAGAUUUGAAGCCUCAAAAUAUACUGGUUGAUCCUCUUACACAUCAAGUUAAGCUUUGUGAUUUUGGAAGUGCAAAAAUGCUGGUCCACGGCGAAGCUAAUAUCUCAUAUAUAUGUUCACGAUUCUAUCGAGCUCCAGAACUUAUAUUUGGUGCCACAGAGUAUACUACUUCAAUUGACAUUUGGUCAGCUGGCUGUGUCCUUGCUGAACUGCUUUUGGGCCAGCCAUUAUUCCCUGGUGAAAAUGCGGUGGACCAGCUCGUACAUAUCAUUAAGGUGCUCGGAACACCCACCCGGGAGGAAGUACGCUGCAUGAAUCCCAAUUACAAUGACUUUAGGUUUCCGCAAAUAAAAGCACACCCAUGGCACAAGAUCUUCCACAAAAAGAUGCCUCCAGAAGCUAUUGAUCUUGCUUCUCGGCUUUUGCAGUACUCCCCAAGUCUGCGUUGCACUGCGCUUGAAGCAUGUGCACAUCCCUUCUUUGAUGAACUUCGUGAACCCAAUGCUCGCCUGCCAAAUGGUCGUCCAUUUCCCCCUCUUUUCAACUUCAAACAGGAAUUAUCAGGAGCAUCUCCAGAACUUGUUAAUAAGUUGAUACCCGACCACGUAAAGCGGCAAAUAGGUCUACAAUUUGUUCAACCGGCUGGAUGAUGAUGAUAAGCAUAGGGAACAGUGUAUACUAGUUGAUAAGUCAAAACAAAAGUGGCACCAUUAUUUUUGUCUAAGUUAUAUCAUGUUCUGUGGCCUUGCCAGUAUAUGCUGAACCUGGACUGAGACAUGGGGUGCUGGAUGGAUGGCUGCAGUUGAUCUUGAUCCCUCAGUAUAUGUGUAUACCUUUUGACUCUCUCUAUUGCUGCUUCUGGGGAAUCUUUAUUUCCUCAAAAGAAUAGCCUUUUACCUUUCAAUGUUUAUUGUAAACUUCUACAUGUCAUGGUAUAGUUGUUCUUGAAUUAGUCAGAAUGGUUUUGUGAGGGGAAAACCAAGCCCUUAGCUGGAUGGUGGGUCCAAAAAAACAAGAUGGGUCCUUUUGAUGGGCUAUGUUGGUUGUUGGGUUUGGUUUUCUCAACUCUAUCCAUGUUAAUAUGUGCCUGAUUUAUUUAUUUGCAAAACGAAAUUACUUUCCUUGUCAAAUGUAAUAUGUGAUACCUGUUUCUCUUCAAUGCUACUAUCUACUUUCAACUCUUUCA